GUUUGGGAAGCUCUCCAGCAUCACCGCAACGAAAGCUCCCAGCUGCCGUCCAGAGCUUCAACCAUCAUCCUCCCCAUCCUUUCCAUCCUCUCUUCACUUUCUGUUACUGUACACUCCCAUCUCUGCCAUUAUUCGCACAUCAUGGAUACAUUGGUCCGCCAGUACUCUCGCGCGCCGCAUCAGAACGAGUUCUACUCGGAGCGAGAACAGCAUGACCUCACAGAGAGCCUGCCUCCAAUCUCGCUCAAGUUCAACCUCCCCCCAGUUGCAAACUCUUCUGCCUUCCUCCGUGCCAUGACCGAUGACCACUCCAAUCCUAGCUGUCCCAUUAAACUUGCUCACGGAACAACAACGCUGGCUUUCCGAUUCCAGGGCGGAAUUAUUGUCGCGACAGACUCCAGAGCAACGGCUGGAAACUGGAUUGCCAGUCAGACCGUGAAGAAGGUUAUUCCUGUCUCGCGAUUGAGUCGUGGCGAGGAUAAGGCCGGCAAUGAACCCACCCCUGGUCUCUUGGGUACCAUGGCAGGAGGUGCAGCAGACUGUCAAUACUGGCUGAGAUAUCUGAGCCAACAAUGCACACUUCACGAAAUCCGCCACAAGCGUCGUAUCACAGUCGCAGCCGCGUCCAAAAUCCUCGCAAAUCUCACAUACUCCUACAAAGGAAUGGGCCUGAGCAUGGGAACGAUGUUGGCAGGCAUGACACCACAAGAAGGCCCCGCCCUGUACUACAUCGACUCCGACGGCACCCGACUCCCUGGAAACCUGUUCUGUGUCGGAUCCGGUCAGACUUUCGCUUACGGUGUGCUCGACGCUAACUACCGCUACGACCUGACCGAAGAGGAGGCUCUCGAGCUCGGCCGGAGGAGUAUCUUGGCUGCUAUGCACCGUGACGCUUACUCUGGUGGUUUCAUCAAUCUGUAUCACGUCAAGGAAGAGGGCUGGGUCCACCACGGCUUCGACGACAUGAACCCUAUAUUCUGGAAGACGAAGUUGGAGAAAGGCGAGUUCUCGAAUGUCACAUCGGAGCUGUAGAGGGUUGUUUCGUUACAUAGUAGUCAUCAUGAUUGUUUAGGCAUCCAAUACUACUAAACUUCCU